AUGGCAGCACCGUGGCGCUUCCUGAACCGCGUCAAUCGAACGAUGCCUCUCCACGCCGACCUCUGCGUGCGCCUUCAGAACGCUGCCCGCGCCCGCCUCCGCACAGUCGCCAUCCCGUCCACCAAGGACAACCUCUCCAUCGUCUCCAUUCUACUCCAGCACGGCUUCAUCCACAACGUCACCCGCGGCACCGUCGCGGGCCCUUCCACCGCCGCCUACAACCAGGCAGGCGUCGCAUCAAGGAGGCUCUGGGUAGACCUCAAGUACCGCCUCGAUGACCGCCCCGUUCUGGAAUCCAUGAGCGCCGUCUCCAAACCCUCGCGCAAGCUCAGCAUGGCCACCGACGAGCUCCUCCGCCUCGCAACCGGCAGGAGGGCAAAGACCAUCAACCCGCUCGAAAUGGGCGAAAUCGGCAUCGUCGACUGCGGCAAAAACGGCUGGUGGGAGAUCCGCGACGCCAUAAAGAGGAAGCUCUCGGGAGAAGUCGUUGCUCGCGCUUCCUGA